AUGCAGCUCACUGUAAACAGCAGCAUUAAUAUGGACUUACUGAUGUAUACUGUUUCGAUACAAGUGCCAGUGGUGCAGGUAUUGGUGUGGAUUUUCCUCUUUGUGAACAGCCUGAUGAUUUUCACCUUUUUGAAAAAGGAGGUAUUCAGGGAGGACACUCGCUACAUUUUGUUUGCACAAACCCUUUUUGUUGACUCUGCUUUCAUGGUUGUGAACAAUAUCCUGUUUUUCUGCUAUAGUUAUCAGUACCACGUUCACAUGAUUCCUUGCAUUAUCCUCUGUUCAGUAAUGGCUUUUCUUUACAUUUGUACUCCACUGACUCUUGUGGCAAUGUGUCUGGAGCGCUAUGUUGCUAUAUGCAUGCCUUUAAGACAUGCUGACAUUUCUACCAGCAGGAAUAGAUGUUUUGGAUUUCUUAUCAUAUGGAGUAUCAGCUCCAUAGCUCCAUUGUUCAAUUUUAUAGCUUAUGUCUCAACAGUCAAGUCUCACACUUUGUUCUCCUAUGCUUUAUGUAGUGUAGAGGUAAUGUUAGGGGAAGAGUGGCUGGCACAAACACGUGCUUUAAUUUUACAGAUCCUUUUCUUCUUUAUGAUCGUUGUUGUUUUGUUCACCUACAUCAAGAUAAUGAUUGCAGCUAGAGCCGCCUCCUCUGACAAUAAGAAAUCAACCAACAAGAGUCUCCGAACUGUGCUGCUUCAUGCCUUUCAGCUGUUUCUGUCCAUAGUUCAGUUUGUAACACCAUAUAUAGAAAAGGAAUUUUGGAAGGGUGAUAUCAUUGUGUUUUUCAAUAUAAGAUAUUCUAAUUUUGUUGUUUUUAUGAUCGCACCACGUUGCCUCAGUCCAUUGAUUUAUGGUCUCAGAGAUGAGAAUUUUUUCAUUGUUUUAAGGCAUUAUGCAUGCUGUGGUUUUCUAUCCCAUAACUUGUCCAUUCAAAACAAAGGAAAGAGGCGUGGCCAAGAGCGAAAGGCGUGCCGUGAACGUUCCGCGUCUGCAGUUGCAGCCACCGUCACACAGCGUGGCAAUUCGGUUUACUGGUAUCAUGGCAGACGGUCGCCCAGCUGGACCACAGAGACCUGGCUCUCGGACAGCACGCGAGACUCUGCGAUCCAGCUGGAAACGCACUCCGUCCACCGCGGGGACUGCACGGCAACGUCUGGGAAGAACAAAGGCGGCGGUGUCUGCAUCUACGUGAACAACAGGUGGUCAUACAGACAACUCCUCAAGCAAGCACUUCCAGUGAGUAAAACUAUCAAAGUGUGGAAUGAAGAACCUGACUUGGUGCUUCAGGACUGCUUUGACAGCAAUGCUGAAGAAUACAAAAGGUUCAGAUAUGACCUGCAUAGAUCCAUCAAAGAGGCCAAGAGACAGUACAGGCUGAAGCUUGAGGGCUACUACACCACCACGGACUCCUGGCGCAUGUGGCAAGGACUACAGCACAUCACCCUCUACCAGCAGACGAGCAGGGCGGCUACAAACAGCCACACCACGCUACCUGAUGAGCUAAAUGAGUUUUAUGCUCGCUUCGAGGUCCUCAACCCUGGCCGACCAAGAGACACUAUGGCCACACAAAACACAUCACUCACUGUGACAUCAGUGGAUGUGUGCAGGACCUUGAGGAGAAUAAACCCACAGAGAGCAGCCGGCCCAGACAACAUCCCCGGGCGUGCACUCAGGGUUUGUUCAUCAGAACUGGCCGAUGUGUUUGUGGACAUAUUCAAUCUGUCCCUUGCGCAAGCUUUUGUGCCAUCCUGCUUCAAGUCAACCACCAUCGUGGUGAUCAGUUGA